AGAUAACUCGUAACGAGAAUAUCAUGAGUUAUCUAUGUUUCUGUGAGCGCUGUCAAAUCUGUCACUGAUUAAGAUUCUUUGAUAUUUGUUCGUAUUUUUCCUAUUAGGUACUAAAAAAAACACGAAACUUAUAAUAUUUACUAACUAUUUAGUCUCUUUGGAAGUAUAUAUGACAUAUUAGGAAGUGAACGGAUAAAUUAUAAUACCAUAUAGAGCAUAGGGUUUAUGAAGCAGAGGUGUUAACAUUAAACGAACUAUGAGCCUUAACAACAAACCAUAACAUUGAUUUAAGUUUUCUCUUUGUAUAAUCGUUAACAUUCAUCUUCAUGUUGACUCUAUGUCAUGAUUAUUUUCGAAUUAUCUCUCUCAAUAAAAACGGCAAAGAUGGUAACCAACACAGUAGUCGUAAAAAGUUUACGUUUGGUUUAUUCUUACUCCUAUUGGUUGUUAUAUUGUGGGUUUUAUCGUCGGAAAUGACCAAAUAUAUAUAUGUAGAAAAGAAACUAGAGAGACCAUUUCUAGUAACCUAUGUUCGAAGUUCACUAUUAUUUGUUUAUCUUUUGGUGUUAUGCUUCACACCACCUACAAGGGAUCCUUGUCGACCUGUUGAUUACACUCAAUUACUAGAGCAUUCUGCUGAAACAGAUGAUGAAAACUAUUUUAGUGAAUCCACUAAUAGUUUGGGUGAUUCUACAUUUGUACCAGUUCGUGCUGGAGAAACCACGGAUAGUGAUGAUGCAGCUCCAAGAGCUGUACGCUUCAAUAAAGUAGCAGAGGUGCGAGUGAUGUCCGCGGCGAUGGCGGGCGAAGCCCUACUAGCGAGGCUGUCAUGGGCCGCUUCAGUUCGCGCCAGCGAACAUGCGCAGCGCCGCGCCGCCGCCGCCGCCACCCGACGACAUCUGCGACUCGCUCUCCUCUUUGCUGUUCCAUGGUUCAUAUCAAACUACUUGUACCGACUAAGUUUGAAAUACAGUGCAGCAAGCACGGCAACGAUCUAUACUUCUACAACAGGCGCACUAGCGCUCUCGUUGGGCGCGGUAUUUACUCAAAUGCCUAGCGAUCGGUUCAACCUUUCCAAAUGUGUCGCCGUUUUAAUCACCGCCGCUAGUCUGGUGGUAUUAGGUUUAUCAGAGAGUCAGAACAACUGGAAAGCAGUAUUCUCUGCUCUUGGCUCCGCGUUAUGCUAUGCGGUGCACCUUGUGAUGUAUCGUCAAGAGUUAAAGAAAGGUGACGGUAUCAAUUCUCCAUUGCUGGUUGGUUUAGUGGGAUGUGCUUGUGGUUGCAUAGCAUGGGCGAUGGGCGGAGUACUGGCCGCAGUAGGCAUAGAGUCUGCGGAACUGCCUCCGCCCAGACUCUGGAGUUGGUUAUUACUUGAUGCGGCCAUUGGACCACUUUUAAUUGAAUCACUAUGGCUAUGGGGCCGAUCACUGACGUCGUGUCAGACAGCGACGUGCAUGCUGGCGCUGGUGAUCCCAUUGUCGGUGGGAGUGGACGCGUGGCGCGGCGGCGUUACCAGUGACGGCGAAGUGUGGAGAAUCGCUGCGGCGCUGCUGGCGGCCGGUGGCUGGCUCGUCGGUUCGCUAGACUUGCCGCGCUCUUUGUCGCCACUCACGUGGAUUAACAGCCGACUGCGGGCCGCGGAAGGAUUCACGGUAAUAAGAAAUAUUCCAGAUCUCGACGAGCAAUCAGAGGCUCUUAUGUCAUCAGAUGAUCCGACGUAGCACUCUGCAGGAACAUUGCACAAGAGGAUUUGUUUGAAGACUCAAGUGCAGCUGGUUUUUAUAUAAAAGUGUACAGUAUAAUUUAUACCACAGGCGCCCGGAUACCACAUAAUUCGUGAUCGAUCUCAUUUAACUAAUCUCUAGCUUGUACUAAUACCAAGCAAAUAGGUUGGACUAAUAUUCUAUGGUAUGUCGCGUUCAAAAUUAUGUAUC